GAUUCUUGAGUUCGAUCAGAAUUUUGCUCCACAACCUAGCACAACUCUCGACUCGCAGAAAUGUCACAAAUUCCGACGUCAUUAGCUCACGGACCUUUUCCGUGAUCACUUCUCCACCGAUUCAGGGUUGGAUAUUUACAUCCCUCUCAUCAGAAAUUCGAUGUUUGGCCUUUAAUUCGUUCGCAAAGGAAGUAGGUGUCAUAAUCGAAGAUGGACCGGCUAGACCUCGCCGCCAUGGAGGACGCUAUCGACAACGAAGAGUUCCAAGAUGCGCAAGAAUCUGUCACAAGAUUGCCUGAUGAUUUGACUCUGGAAGCGACAAUCGACGAAGCUUUCCAAUCUGUCCAUCUUUUCUUCAACAACAAAUUCGACGAGGCGCGGAAUCUGCUGCUGCCGCUGCACAAGAGCAGCAUGUACCACGCGCUGGGCCUGUCUGUUUUCAAGUACCUGGAAGCCAUCCUGACCUUCGAGGAGGAGCACAUUAGCUCAGCGUCGGACGCGCUCAAGAAUUGCAUCAACGUGUGCAACCAGUACCGUCGGAAGAAUACCUUCUCCGAGUCGCUCGGCAAAAUGGUCAAGAAGCCCAACUACGACUCCUACACGCCAGAGGAGGUGCACGCCGAGCUUUGCUACGCGGAGGCGAUGCUUUUUAAGUCUGCGCUGACCAUCAUCGAGGACGAAACCUUGGUCAGCUUCAUCAAAGCAGGCCUGAAAAUCCGGUCGUGCUUCAGCUCGUACCGCGAGUGCAGCCACAUCCUGAGCAGUCGCACCUGGACCAAGGAUUGCCACAAGGUGCACUUCGAGAGCGGCGUCAGGAUGGGCGUCGGCGGCUUCAAUUUGAUGAUUUCGCUGCUGCCCGCCAGAGUCAUCAAACUGCUCGAAUUCAUCGGAUUCACCGGUAGCAAGAGUACGAAAAAGGAUUUUAAGGAGGUCGGUCUGCAAGAGCUGGAGACUGGCUACAAUCUUGACAAGAGUCUGCGACAGGUGUUGUGCACGAUGACCCUUCUCGGCUACCACUUGAUCGUCGUUUUCACCCUGAACCACGUCGAAGGCGACGUCCAGCUCUGCGAGAGGAUUCUCAACAACGAACUGAAGAAAUACCCGAACGGCGUGUGGUUCUUGUUUUUCAAAGGCCGUCUCGAGUUUGUCAAAGGAAACAUCUCGAGCGCGAUCGAGUGGUACACGAAGUCGUGGAAGUCGCAGGAUGUGUGGCCGCAGUUCCAUCACCUUUGCUUCUGGGAACUCAUGUGGGCCAACUGUCUGAACCAAGACUGGCGGAUGGCGGCGUCGUUCGCCGAACGGCUGUGUCAGGAGAGUCGCUGGUCCAAGACUGUGUACAUGUACCAAAAAGCCGCCAUGCUCGCCAUGCUUGGCGACAAUCUGACUGCCGAAGAAGCCUGCGAGAUCGAGAAGCUCAUUCAGGAUGCUCCAAAGUACAAGCAGAGAAUCGCGGGCAAGUCCCUGCCGAUGGAGAAGUUCAUCGUGAAAAAGUCUGAACGUUACUUCAAGCAGAAGAAGCACCUAGUCCUGCCCGCCAUCGAACUGCUUUAUCUCUGGAACCUGUUUCGAAUCCUUGGCAAAGACUGGAAAUUUGCCGACAGUGUUUUUAGACUCAUCGAAAGGAUGCUGAACAAACCGUCAGUGUGCGUCGAGUUCGAGGGAGACAACAGAGCGUUGCUGCUGCUGCUGAAGGGCGCGUGCUUGCGGCAGAUGAACAAGCCGCUGCUGGCGGAGGAGGCGUUGCGGGAGGCGAUCGGCCUCGAGACCAAAAUCAAAGAGGACAACUACAUUGUGCCGUACGCUAUCGUCGAGCUGGGACUGCUGCAGCUCGACCUCAACGAGAGCGAAAAGGCGGCUGCCCUGCUCGAAGACGCAAAGAAAAACUACACUGGCUACUCGUUGGAGUCGCGGCUGCACUUCAAAAUCCACUCUGCCCUCACGGAACUGGCCAAGAGCAAAAAACUGCAGAAAAACGGCAAACGAGAGUCUUCGUAGGCCAAUUAUUUAGCUAGGAAGUGGCUGUCCCUCCUUAUAAUUCAUUCCAAAAAAUUGCUGUCUUUAUUUAGUUCCUCAUUUACAAAUCAUUGCUGUACUUAUUGGCAAGAAAUGGCCGUUUUGACUGACUGGGCGACGGACGAUUUUUUGUGUUAGUCCAAAUCAAAAUAUUUAGCUCUCCCAGCGGUUGUUGACAAUUAAUUUAAAAAGUUUAUAUUUGUGGAGUAACAAGUUGUUAAAAAUAAAAGAUUUUGCGCAUCGAGAUAACAA